ACGGUCGAUUCUCAACGGCCGUUCUGCCUCUGAGCGACUCGCCCGACGGCCGCUGCGCAGGUUAACGGGCUCAAACGGUGGGCCAAACGGUCCGUGGUAAGCUCACACGGGAUGAACAGCAGGGAGCUUCGCCGCACUUUAUCCGUUUUACCUCACCGUUUCUAAUGUUUAAAAUGUGUACCUACCGGUGGUCCGCCUUGACUCUCCCGCCCCCCCGGCAUCACUGCCUCGCUAACUAACGGGGGAGGAGGCUCUCCUGUAAUGGCGCCUAGACACCAGGUGAAGUCAAAUAUGAAGAGCAUGGAGCGUGAGCUUCAGUGCCCAGUGUGUAAGGACAUAGUGAAGCAGCCUGUGGUGCUGCCCUGCCUGCACAGCGUGUGUCUACUUUGUGCUUCGGAAGUGCUGGUGCAGAGUGGCUACCCCCAGCCUGAGCUGCCUCCUGAGCCCAACUCGCCUGCUUCCACCCCUAACACUCGCUCUCCACGCCAAGCACGCAGGCCCAUGCCCAAGGCCGACCGUAUAGAUCGUGCACUGCGGCCAGGAUUUGGUACAUACCCAGGGCGCAGGCGGAAGGAGGGCCCUACCCAGCUAAUGCUCUUCCCCUGCGUGCCCUGUGGUCGAGAUGUGGAACUGGGUGAGAGAGGACUGGUUGACUGCAUGAGGAACCUCACACUGGAGCGCAUAGUGGAGAGGUACAGACACACAGUGAGUCUGGGCAGUGUGGCAGUGAUGUGUCAGUUCUGUAAGCCCCCACAGGCUCUGGAAGCCACAAAGGGCUGUGCAGACUGCAGGGCCAGCUUCUGCAAUGAGUGCUUCAAGCUGUACCACCCCUGGGGCACCCCCCGUGCCCAGCAUGAGCAUGUUCAGCCCACUCUCAACUUUAGGCCCAAAGUGUUGACAUGUCCGGAACAUGAUCAGGAAAAGCUACAGUUCUACUGUAAAUCAUGCCAAAGGCUGCUCUGCUCCCUCUGUAAGCUCCGUCGGGUGCAUACAGGUCACAAGAUUGUGCCAGUCACCCAAGCAUAUCAGGCACUCAAGGACAAGAUCACCAAGGAGCUCAACUAUAUCCUGUCCAAUCAGGGCACAGUGCUGACUCAGAUCACACAGCUGGAGAAUGCCAUCACUCAAACUGAGGUGAACAGCGUAGGUGCCCGUGAGCAGCUCGCUCAGUGUGUGCGUGAGCUGAUGGCCCUGCUGUCGGAGCGACAGGCAAUGCUGGCCCAGGGCCUGGAAAGCUCACGCCAGAAGCGGAGCGAGGCCUUAGCCAAUCAGGUAGCUGAAAGGCGGAGCCUGCUGGAGCAUGCAGGACUUAUGGCUUUUACCCAGGAGCUACUAAAAGAGACAGAUGCGGCCUGCUUUGUACAUGCAGCAAGGCAAACCCACAACAGGUUGGCCCAGUCCAUUGAGUCCCUCCAGAGUUUUUCUCUCUCUGCUGAUCCGUCAUUCAGACACUUCCAGCUGGACGUUUCCAGAGAACUUAAACUCCUCACUGACUUAAACUUCAUUCAGGCUCCACUAGCUCCUGUGAUUGAUACCCAGCGCACCCUGGCCUACGAUCAACUCUUCCUGUGCUGGCGGCUUCCCCAGGAAUCCUCCCCUGCCUGGCACUUCUCAGUGGAGUACCGUCGCCGGGGUGUGGUACCAGGUGGUGGCGCAAGAGGCGGCAUCCGUGGGGGUUUGGCUGGGGCCCGCUGGGGCUGGCAGCGAUUGGAGGAGGUGAGCGGAACCAGCGCAGUGAUUGACAGACUGGAGAUGGACAGUGUGUAUGUCCUGAGAGUGAGGGGCUGCAACAAAGCUGGCUUUGGAGAGUACAGUGAGGAAGUAUACCUACACACCCCUCCAGCUCCAGUACUGAAUUUCUACCUGGACUCGCGCUGGGGUCUGCACGCUGACAGACUGGUGGUCAGUAAAGAGCAGCGUUGCGCCCGCAGUGUGCCAGGCCUUUCCCUUCUGCAGGCAGCUGACCGUGCCCUCACUUCCUGUCACUUGACCGCUGACCUGCUGGUGGGUGAUGUAGCUGUUACGCAGGGGCGUCACUACUGGGCAUGCUCAGUGGAACCUGGGUCCUACCUGGUCAAGGUUGGUGUUGGUCUGGAGUCCAAACUUCAGGAAUGGUUCCAUCUGCCUCAAGACAUGGCCAGCCCACGGUAUGACCCAGACAGCGGACAUGAUAGCGGGGCUGAGGAUUCUUCUGACUCUCCACCCUCUUUUACCUUCCUCACCAUGGGAAUGGGCAAGAUCUACCUGCCACCCUCUGCUAACUCCCAUCACGGAACAGCCAACCACCGAGAUGGUGGCAUCACCAAUGGCAACGGCCCAUCCUCUCCAACUGGCGUCACCUAUCCUCUGCCUCCCAGGCUUGGGGUGUGUCUUGAUGUAGAGAAGGGGCGUGUCACUUUUUAUGAUGCACAUUCUCUACGCCCGCUGUGGGAGGGGCCUGUGGACUGCUCUGCCCCUGUCUGCCCUGCCUUCUGCUUCAUUGGAGGAGGUGCUCUGCAGCUGCAAGAGCUGGUAGCAAAUCGUAAUGCAGACCAGACACCCGUCAGAAGAGUUACCAUCCAAUCACGCGUCACUAAAUUGAACUGAAUUAAGGUUAUUGGUAAUUAGUGAUGCUAAUCCAGAAAACUGUCCUGAGAUGUACAGUCUUAUCUCAGUGAAUUUUGUUUUUAUAUUUCAUUUUUAUGAAACACUUGUUUUUUAUUGCACCUGAAAAUGCUCCUCAGAUUAACUUUAUUAUUAUUAUUAAUGUAUGUAUUUAUUUAUUUAUUUUGUUUUACACUUUAAUAGUGCUUAAUUGCUUUAGAAUAAUUGUGAAUUUCUUCAAAACAAAUCACAAAAAAAUCUUGAUGUGGCCUAUAUAACCUCCUAAUAUGGAACUAUGUUUAUAUGCAAGACCGUAUAGUAUUUCCCCAGGGAUGCGGAAGAUCUCGUUAUUCUCGUUUAGAUUGUUCACCUCCAGGGUUUUGAUACUGCUUUCUGCCUUUAACAUCCAUACAAAAGACAUCAUUUUGACUGUUAAUCUUACCUCCAUAAUAUUAGUAAGAGCCAAAGUCUCCUCUGGUCAUUUCAGCUCCAUUACAAACUGCUCUUCAGCGUUCUGCUCUUCAAACAUCCUCAGUAAUGGAGAACAGGCAAAGUGUGCCGAUUCAUGUAUAUCCCACACUGCAGCUUUCUCAUACAGGUAAUAUUCUGAAGAUGGGUUGGUACAUAUAAUGAUGGAUGAUGGAGGACUCUGGGUUGUAAAUAAUAACUGGAUAUUUAGAACUGUAUUUCUGUAGCAGUUCACUGAGAUGCACCAGCUUACCUUAAUUUGCAUUGCGAUAUAGGAUGCCCUUUGUUGUUUUUUCACUCAAAUGAAUAGAGCAAAUUAGAGGUUGAAUGAAUUAAGCAAAUGUUGAGCAUAAUGUUGUUACUGAAGCAAGUAAGUAAUGGAACGGAAUGAGAGUAUGCUGACUCAUCCUACACAUGUGAAUGAGUAGGGACACUGUGUGUUGUGUGUACACUUGCUCUCUUAUGCAAAAUCCUAGCAAAGCUUGUAGAAGAUAUUUUUAAUGGGCUGACCAUGGGCUUGAUUUUGGUUGUGGUGAUAAGCUGUGCUUCCUUCGAAUGGCUUACUUUUGAAAUUAAGAUAAUGUAGACAUCACCUGCUGGCAGAAUAUUUAAUGAAGAAACAAAGCAAAAUAAAACACGAGUCUAAAAUUAAAAAUGAA